AUGCCUAUCCCGUUUUCAAUCGUAUGCGAGCUCCUUGACGAAGCAUACGCAUUAUGUCUGUCAAGAAAAGACCACAAGGCUGCUGUGCGUAGUUGGUUCCAACACCACCGGGAUCGUAUCAACGCCCACGAUGCCAGUCUCAGCGCUCUUUUGUCAACUCUUCUGCCUGGAAUGAGGUCAGACCGUGUCUACUGUAUCCAAGCAACGAGAUUGGAAAAAAUUAUCGCCCGAGGCUUGUGCCUUGGAUCGUCUCGUGUGGCUGAGCUCACGAGGUACAGAAGUAGCGGCAACGACGUGGAUCUGGCAGAUUGUGUUGAAAGGGUGCUUUCAAUAACUCCAAAUUGUGUUCCCUGCGGGUACGAGAUUACCGUCGAGGAAAUAGACGAGCUGCUUCAUUCCUAUGCGGCCGGUAUCAAAUGGAGCUCCCCUUCUGUCAGGGCUACCAGCAGCCUAUUGACCCAGCGUAACCAGCGGGACUUGGAGCAAGUAUACGGCCGCUUGACGCCUCUUGAGGGGAAAUGGUUUACGAGGCUGGUGCUCAAAACCUUUGAGCCUCUCAUAUUUGAAUCCAACCAGGUGUUUCGUGAAUGCCACCCCAGGCUCCCUCUUGCACUCAAGGUUCGGGAAGAUUUCUCUGCUGCCCUUGAGUUGGUGCAAUCUUGCAAAGGAACCUUUCCCUCACGCCAGACUGAGAGGAAGACUACCGGUGACUACUUGAUAUCCAAGUUUGUGCCUCAGAUUGGAACCAAGAUUGGGAGACAGACGUGGGCCAAGGGCCGUAGUAUCAAGCAUUGCCUUGAUCUUGGCCAUGGGCGAGUGAGCGUGGAGUACAAAGCAGAUGGGGAAUAUUGCCAAAUACACAUCGACUUAUCCAAAGGACAUGACAAUCUGAAAAUAUUCUCCAAGAGCGGCAAAGAUAGCACUGAAGAUCGCGAGAAGCUGCACAGCGUCAUUAAAAGUUCGCUGAAUAUUGGGAAACCAAACUGCCAGUUUCAGAAAUCGUGUAUUCUGGAAGGCGAGUUAUUAGUUUACUGCGACUUGGAGAAAAAGAUCCUACCGUUCCACAGAAUCCGGAAUCACGUCACAAGGCGGGGACGUUUCUUGGAUACCGAUGCCGAUGACAGGGUUACACCGCAUGAGCAUUUGAUGAUUCUCUAUUACGAUGUUCUCCUCAUUGACGACAGGCCUUUGCUCCACGUCCGCCAUUCAGAGAGGUUCCAGCUUCUCUCGUCUAUUGUGGAAUGUCAACAAGGGUAUGCCGAGCUUGUGUCGAGGGAGCUUGUUGACUUUGACCGCCCCCUGGCUGCCUCUAAUCUGAGGAAUAUAUUUGCCAAGACGAUCACUCGGAAAGAAGAGGGCCUGGUGCUGAAGAUGGACAUACCCUAUUUUGACUUCUUCGGUGGCUCUAGCACUUUCGCUCCACAAUGCAUAAAAUUAAAGAAGGAGUAUAUCGGCACAUUCGGGGAGGUUGGAGACUUCUCCGUUGUGGGCGCAGGUUACGAUCCAAAUAAAGCGAAGCAAUACAAGAUUGUCAACUUGAAAUGGACACACUUUUAUCUCGGCUGUUUAACCAACCGAGAGGAAGUAAAGCAGUGGUCACAUAAGCCUAAAUUCACAGUUGUGAAGGUGGUGGAGAUCAAUGAAACACUCCUCAAAUCAGUGGUUCAGUUUGGCAACCCGAUGGCAAUACCCCACAACGAGAACACGCAGACAGAACUCCUGAUACAACCUGGUCUCGAGCUUAGCCCGAAGCUCACGGUGGCUUUUACAAACCCCUUGGUUUUUGAUAUGAGGUGCUUCAAUUUCGACAAAGAUGGCAAUACGGGGUUUUGGAGUUUGCGUUUUCCGGCUGUCUCAAAGGUACAUUUUGACAGGGAUUGGAUGGACUGUGUUGCUUUCGAUGAGCUGCAGGAGAUGGCACUAAAGAGCACCACAGCCCCGGACUUGCCGGAUAGUCAGGAGAACCUUGAAUGGAUCGCAAAGCUGGAGGGCGCUGAUCCCCGAGGAAUUGCGGUGGAUGCUGUCAGCCAGCAGACUACCACUACUGCUUCUGGACCUUCACAAGGCCAGUCUUUUCAGUCGCUCAGGCAAUCCACACCGCAACUGUCAUUUAAGAAUAGGGUAGCAGAUUUUGCGGUCACGGAGCAGCAGAACAGCGUGGGCUUGUCCUUUUCAAGUCUGCGAGGCCAUGAGCAGGGUAAUGGCGAGCAUUUAUCUGAGACCCAAACCACAACCAAUGUGUCACAGAAGCAAGAGUCGAUAGACUGUCGAAGUGAUCAACAAGGUAGCCAAACUAAAAGGCAUUCACAAAAUAUUAAUAUCCAAGAUGGGCGCCCUUCACCUCCCAAGAGGCAUAAGCCGAUAGUGGGAGCAGAAGACUCGAUUGACCCAUCAUCACAAGGCGGCAAAGGACAGCAGAGCAGGAACCCUUUAGGAGAUAUCAGCGGCAACCACUCACAGGCUAGGACAAUUAUAUCCAUCUCAAGCCAGGAAACCGAGAUAAAUAAACCAGAAGUGAUUGAUCUCACUUUAUCUCCUGAAAUACAUCCUCUCUCCAAGGACGCGGGGAAACAUCGUGGACUUGACAUUUCGGCUAUCGAGGAGUACAAGUUAGGCCCACCGACGUCAGCAAUCGAUGGGCAUUCAUCUACACCAUCGCAAGAUGUUGAACAAAAUCCUAGCGCGAGCCCAGAACAAGGCAUAAAUGCUCCAAGAUCACAUGAGGGCGAAAAAGAGGGGGGCAAUAUUGGUAGUCAAAGCCUUCAGCCAACCUUUGAUACGACUUCUGCAACUGUACCGACGCAAAGCGAAACAGAUUUAUGCAUAUAUGCCGCUCGAGACUGCAAAUUCUCCAAUACUUCCGUUAUUCUUGCACCAUCCCUCCACGGUGGCGACUUGGAGGUGUCUAGACUUCUCAAAAACCACGGGGUUCAGAAUGUUAUUGUCGACAUCGAAAGAUGGUUGAAGGACAGCCAGGAGCUGCUGGAGACCACGCCCUAUAAAAUACCACAACCAGAAACCAUUAUAUUGGUGGAUAGCAUAGCGAACGGCACAGAGAUGGAUGGUGUUCUUUCGCGCAUAGAGGAGAGUCGGAAAACGCUUCCCAGCGACCGGCGCCGUUGGAUAAGGAUUUAUGAUUGGCACGUUCUCAAGUACGUUUCUAUCCUUGAAGAUGAGACGAUCACGAAGAAAUAUUAUGAUGGCUUUAGCGAUCCUUGGACACGGUGGUAUUGCGGACUAGUGUAG